GCAAUGUUACUUGCUUCAGCGGCCGUUUAUUUAAAAUGCGAGAAGGACUCGAGUUUAAAACAAAGAAACGAAGAAACGUUUCGGCAAGGUACCCACACAUGUAUUCAUCCGCUGUAUUUGUUUGUAUGUGGUGGGUGGUUAGAGGGACUUGUGAAAAUGAAUUACUUAACAUUCGGUAAAGACUAUUUCCCUCCGUCUCUGUAAGUCUAUAAGUCCGAAUUUCUUAGAGGAAGUAGGCCAUAUUUUUCGCCGCAACCAUCUGUUAAAACGUUUUUGGACCGGAUCCGUCUGCUGCAAGUUGCGUCGUCGCUAACCAUGGUCUGCUUUUUGAAACCGGUACAUGAUUUUGUAUCGAACCUCGACUACUGAAUUGUCACGACUAACGUAUCACUUAAUGUGAAUCUAUGAGGUUAUGCUUCUCUCGAACAAGAUGGAAAAUAAAUCAGGAGGCACGCUCGUGAGGAAAAAGCGGAGCUAUGGAAAACUCUCCUUGGAUCAAAAGAUCCAAAUCAUUCGAGCAGCAGAGAUGGGCUACUCUCAACGAACUCUUGCAUCACAGUACAAUUGUGGAAAGACGCAGAUCCAUUUACUCGUAACUCAAAAGGAUCUGUGGCUCUCUAAAUGGGAGCGUUCUCGAAAAGGGGGUAAUUGGUCCAAAAUACAUGAAACAGUAUCUACUUCCGAAAUCAACAGUUUAGUGUGGGACUUUUACAAAAAAGCCAGCACUCAUGACAUAGAUGUUUCAGUGAACAUGUUGCUGGAAAGAGCAAAGCAAGUGGCAAAUUCCCUCAACGUUCACAAUUUUGAGGCAGAUUACGAGUGGCUACUAAAGUUCAAAGCACAAUUUAAUGUAGAUUUACCUCUUUCAUACGAUUGUGAUAGCUCAUCCGGCACUCCUGGUGAAUCAGCAAACCCUCUGCUGAGUGGCUUUAAGAAGAGUGACGUAUUUCAUCUUGGCAUUACAGAACUUUACCAUCGGACUUUACCUUGUAUAGGGCAAAAAAGUCAGGAUCACAUUACUGUGUGCUUUUGUGUCAGUGCAUCUGGAGAGAAAGAAAUUAUUGGUCUUGUGUUCAGCGAGAAUGCAUGUGUUGAAGGAGAGCUUUGGAAUGUCAAUGUCCCUUGCUUUUCAAGUCCAAUGGGCCAAGCAACACUUGAAGUUUAUCAUCACUCUCUCAAUGUCCUUAACCAGAAGAUGGGUCAGUCAGAUAGAAAAAUCCUCCUGUAUGUCGAUGACAGCCAAUUUCCUGCUGAAAUAGAACGGGACAUGUCCAAUAUUGAGAUUCGAACAUGGCCCUGGAUGUUCAACAUCCAGGAAAUCAUCAACAACUAUCGAUUACUGUACUGCCAGAGACUCAUGUCAUCACUUGCAGCCUCUAGUCUUAAUCAUUGGAACAGACUGGGUCUUAAAGUUAAAAAUUUGCCUAUGUCUAAAGUUAUGAAGUUGGUACAAUCAGCAUGGAAGGAUGUAUCAUCCAGAUUAAUUGAACUCAGUUUCCAGUGCAACACUGUUUUUACCGAUCGUGAUUCACAAUGCCAAGCAAUAAACAAUAAAUUAUUAGAAGAGAUCCAAAAGUUGGUGCUGGUGUUAAAGAGUUCAAAGGAAAAUGUAACUAGUCCCAUUUUGGAAGUAUCCAAAAUUGAAGAAAUGUUGAGUCAAGAUUCCAUUGAUGAAAACAGCAAAGACUUCACCCAUGCUGACGAGGGAGAAGAAAGUGACAGUGUCCCAUUUGACCAACAGGAUACAGUGUGCGCCUUGAAUGGAGCGCUCUCAUUGAUGAGCAAAACUGAAGUGCUUCCUACAUUGUCAAGAUUAGAAUUAUUCCUUGAAUCAAUGACAGAGUCCCCAGCAAGACAAAACGCUUUGGACCUGUUAGACAAAUUAGAAAGAGCAGUGCAAGAUUUAUUGAUUACUGACAAAGCUGGCUCUACUGAAGAUGGUGAAGGAACUUCCAUGUAGUAGAAUUGUGUUCAUUACGAUCCUUACUUUGUUGAUGAUCCAAAAUAAACUUGUUUGAUGAAAGGGGUA